CAGUUGAAGUUCAGGUAACGACUGAAGAUGAACUUCAUUCCCUUAAACCAUCGGUCGAGGAUUCACAUACUGUCUACUGUUUUGUGUGGAUUGAUAGAUGGCUCUAUAAGUGCUCAGGCACCAAGGAGUCAAAUGGCACGUAACGUGGCAGUGACCUCCCUCCUCGUGGCUCUGUGCCUCGUAGCAGCAGUUGCUGGACACAGAAGCUACGGUUCUGGCGGACACAGACCUCUUGGUGUCCACGGCAGUGUCCAUUCAUCUGCUGGUAUCCACGGAGGUAGCGCUCAUGGCGUAGGACUCGUAGGCUCUGGCAUCCACGGCGCUGGAUCCUUCGGCGCUGGAUCCUUCGGCGCUGGAUCCUUCAACCCCGCCCAUUUCCCUGGUCUUGUCCCUGGUUUCGGCUUCCACCUCAACCAACCCGCAUCUGGUUACAACAAGUGCAAGUACUGGUGCAAGAGUAGUUACACUAAUCAGUAUUACUGCUGCCAACAGUCUUUUAUGGCUAGAUUCAUAGUUCAGUAUUGUACUGACUAUACCGUGGACGAACCAGUUUAUCUCUUAUAUUAAGUUGUUUACUGCUUCUUAAAUAAAGAGUAUGUAAUCAGAUUUUAUGACAUUAUUCCACAUUUUUACACUAGUAAAUGCAUCUGCAUUAAUACCAGUAUAAUUUGUCGCUUCAAGACAUAUCUUAUAUGUGUGUGUGUAUGUCUGCAUCUGUGAGUGUAGGU